AUGCAGGGCUAUUGGGUUGUGCUAGCUCUUUGCUGGCUGGGGCAGCUGUGUGUGGCUCAGAAUUUGAGGCCUCAGAUUGCAAACCCCAAACUUGCUACAAACAAUCCUACCCUUACUACAAUUGCUCUAGAGAAACCUUUCUGUGUGUUUGAUGAUUCACUGUCUCCAGGUAGCUCCUAUGUGGUCUACUUGUAUGCAAUGGCUGACUCUGCAAGCACUGUAAACUCAGCUGUGACUGACAACAGCAGCAAACCUCUCAACACCACUUUCCAAGACACCAACGGAGGACAACUUGGACCUUACAGGGCUGCAUUGUUUAAUGUGCCCAAUUGUGCAUCACCCCCCCUGCUGGCUGAUGUUGUAAAUGUGAAAAAAGUUUCAGAUGUCUUGAAACAAUACCUCUUCAGAGUGGGAGACGAUGUGACUUGUUUAUAUGACCCAAACUUCCCCGGUGCCUGUAACCCACCUCUUGCUGAUGAUACAACCUACAGGUUUAAGUACCUCUUGGUAGAUGUGGUUGCAGGUGUUGUGAAAGACCAAACUCUCUGGUCUGAUCCAAUGAAAACCAGUAGGGUAAAACAGGCUUCAACAAUUGAUACCUGGCCUGGGCGAAGGAGUGGAGGAAUGAUUGUCAUCACCUCAAUCUUAAGCACUCUUAUGUUCCUUCUAGUUGUUGGAUUUCUUGCCUCCAUAUUCUUCUUUGUCAUGGCAGCAGGAGAGGCAUCCACAGAGACCACACAUGAGUCUCAGACUACCCAGCAGGGUGUACCAAGAUCUCAGGGUAGCUCUGAGGGAGUGAACCUGUGA